CCCCUUCACACGUUUUCACACCUCCCCUCAUUUUUCUUAUUUGUUUUUUCUCUUCCUUUUCGUGUCUACAAACAAAAACUUCUUUCAUGUUUUACAUCACCAUGUCUCACAUGAACUAAACACCUAGAUAGUGUGUGAGUAUUAAGAGAGAAAAAAAAACAAGUUUCAUAGGACAAAUUCACAUGAAGGAAUAAGGCAAAAGUGGAAACUAGAAAGAUGUGUUGAGAAGGAUAAAAAUAGUGCUAACUAAGAGAGAUUUUUUCUUGUUUGCUUCACGCAAACAUCUAACUAUUGAGGUUAAGCCUUUGCUUCAUCGCGUGGCUUUAAAGUUUUCUUCUAACCUUUUUUUAAAUCCUUCAUUAUAAUAUAAUUAACCUCACCAAACCCUUAUAUUCAUACAAACACUCUCUUCUUCUCCUCAUUCUUUUUUUUUCUCUAUCUCUCUCUCUCUCCCUUCUCUUUCUCAAUACUAUGAAUCCUAUAACCCUACUUUCUUAACCUAUUUAAUUAUUUACUUACUUGCCCUCCUCAUAAAAAGUUUUAGUAUAAUUGAUCUUGCCCUAGCAAAUUAAUCACAAAGAAGAAAAAAGUGCUAGCUACUACCAUUUUUUAAGAUGAGUAUAAACUCUAGUUGUAGCGGUAGCGGUGGUGGUUGUGGUGGUGGAAAUAGCGGCGCAUGUGGUCCGUGUGGCGCGUGCAAGUUCUUGAGAAGAAAGUGUUUGUCGGGUUGUAUUUUUGCGCCUUACUUCGAUUCGGAGCAAGGCGCUUCACAUUUUGCGGCGGUUCAUAAGGUUUUUGGAGCUAGCAACGUUUCGAAGUUGCUCCAAAAUGUUCCGGUGCACAAGCGUCUUGACGCGGUAAUCACCAUUUGUUAUGAAGCUCAAGCAAGAAUGAGAGAUCCAGUUUAUGGUUGUGUUGCUCAUAUCUUUACUCUUCAGCAACAGGUAGUGAGUUUACAAGCAGAACUCUCCUACUUACAAGGCCACAUAGCAACAUAUGAAGUACCCCAACCACCAAAAACUUCACCACCACAAGCAACCAUAGCACCUUCAAUGGUCUCACUAGCCAAUCUCCCAUUAGCAUCUUCUUCAUCCAUUAAUCCAGCAACAUAUGACUUGUCUUCACUUUUUGAUCCAAUGGCCCAAACUUCUUCAUGGGCCAUGCAUCAGAGGCCCAAUGGUCAAUAUUUUGGUAGUGGCACAUCAACAAGUAACAAUAGUGGUGGUGAUCUUCAAUCAUUGGCAAGAGAGCUUUUGCUUAGAUAUGGAUCUUCUAAUGACCCAUCAUCUAAUUCUCUUUCCAAAUGAUCAAUCUUUCACUUAAUCAACUAAUCUAUGCCUUAAGUGAUCUUAAAUUUUCAAUGUUUUAUAUUGAGAAAGUAAUUAUAGUCAUGGUUCUUUAUAUCUUUUUUUUAUAUAAUAUAUAAGAUUUUUAUGUUUA